AUGGCCUCCCACAAGAGCCUCGAUGGCUCAGCGUCUUCGCCUGAUACCCGUGCGCGCCUCGCGAAUCUCUACGCCGUUGUCAAGUCGCGGUGCCUGCGUGUCCCCCGUCUGGCGUCCCAACUUCUGAUCGCCACGGCUCUGCUCCUCACCCUCGUCUGCCUCGUGCCCUCGCAAACCAAGCAGUCGUUCCUUGGCGCCGACUUUUCCAACCACUGGAAAUGGCCAUAUUCUUCAACCGCUCCGGGCUCCCCUAUCUACAAUGUCAGCUCUGGAGGGCCCGUUCGCAUGGUCGUCUUUGGCACGCCCGAUGUUGCAUCACCCUCCAAGUCCAAGGGCAAAAGCGGCCCUAGCUGGACAGAGGCCCUUUGCGCCGAGCUGCGUUGUUCAUCACACGAAUCCUUCGUGCCUAGUCUUGACCUGCCCACCCAAGCAUUAACCUCCAACAGCCUCUACAAGCCCACCUUGCAGAAGCUGCUGGUUCCAGUUGCGGACCAGGCCAACUUGGGGGUUGACUAUCGUCAUGUCGAAAAACAAUACCCACUGGCCAGCACUGCCGAUAUCGCGCACCAAGUCAGCCAAUUUCUCAAGGGCCCAAAGCAGACCAACCCGCCUAAAGAGACUAUAUGGGUCUUUAGCUUCGGCACGUGGGACAUCUGGACCUUGGCGGCCUUGCCUCGCGAAGUGUCCCAGGGCUUGGUACAAAACAUGGUCGAGCAUCUCUUCAGUCAGAUCGAGCUUCUCUACAAGGCGUCCUUGUUGGUGGACUCCCCUGCCUACUCAGACUUUUGGGCCUACACCAAUGCAUCUCUUCUAGAGAGCUUGAAUGGCAACCCUUCGGCUGAUACCGUCGAGUCUUUCCGCAUCGUCAUUCCCGAACUCUUCGAUUUAUCAUUGACUCCGGGCUGGCACACCCAACGCCCCACACCUCCCGUUCCACACAGCAAGGCGGAGCAUAUGGUCAAUGCCGCAUUCCUUGUUGAUCACUGGAACUCCGAAGUCAGCGGCCGCAUGGACGCCUGGACCCGCCUUGCCGAUCCCGAGCCAGCGCACGAUGACACGGACGCCCCCAAGCGGCCUACAGACGCUGAAGGCAAGCCGUAUUUCGGACUCUGGAGUCCAACUGGAAAGUCCUCCGGCAAAGGUAGAGCCAGCGACGAAACUCUCCUCGUACCUUAUCCCCGCCGCGCCGGACUUCUCACAAACACGACGAGUUUUGUCAAGGAGGUUAUCAUCGAGUCGCAAUUGCGGGCAAGCGGGCUAGGAGAUGGACUUGGAAGAGGAAAACGGGAAGAUGAAGCGUUGCUUCGGUUCGACGAAGUGUGGACACCGUGCAUCUGGGACGGAGCAGCGUCCAAGCCUUGCAAGCAUUCUGACAGGCACCUCUUUUACUCUCCUUUUACCCUAGGAGAAAGGGCAAUCCGGGAGGCAGCGCGACAGACGGCCGAGGCAGUAGCAAUGCAGUUGUUCGCCAAAGAAGGCGAAUAUGACACGGCGGCCUCUGGGUGGAGGGUAGAGGGCGCCGCCAAGAGGAGACGAGCAAGUGAGAAGUCAUUCCGAGUUAAGGUGCGAUCAGCACGGUCAUCAUGA